AUGGCUAUACCUAUUGAGUUCAAGACAAUUUCUUAUUUAGAGGAGCUUGAUCUUCACUCGAACAACUUCACCGGUGGAUUAGACUACAUCUUUGCGAAAACAAGUGAUGGCGGUCAUGGGUUCCGUCUUCUUGAUCUUUCGGAUAAUAUGUUUGCUGGUCCCGUUGAUGAAGAUAUUGGAAACCUGAAUGCGAUACAGGCAGUUGAAUCAUUAAUAUUAUCUAAUAAUCCUUUAGGAGGAUCCAUACCAAAAUCCUUAGGGAAAAUGUAUAGCCUGAGGACUUUAAAGCUUGAAAAUAACGGGUUAACGGGGACGAUACCAGCUGAGCUAAGCAAUGCCACAUUGUUAACAUCUAUCAUGCUAUCAAAUAACAACCUUACCGGUGGCAUACCUUCAGGGGUGAUCAACUUGACAAGUCUCAAAGAAUUGGAUGUGUCACAUAACAUGUUGACAGGGGAAAUUCCUCCGCAUAAUGCAACAAUUCCUGCAGCUUCUUUUGAGGGAAACGCUGGCCUGUGUGGCUCCCCACUUCCUCCUUGUAAGGAUGCCUAA